CAUAAUUCUCUUUUCGGUAAUUAUUUGAUUUAGCUCCAAAGAGGAAUUAACGAAAUACCAGUAAUAACAUGUAGACAGUUGUCAAGUGACAGUAAAACAAAUAAAUGCUCAACAUCUCGAAGGAAGAACCGUGUUGCUGACAUGUAUACUGAAUUUGUGACAGAUAACUUAUGACAGCGUUCAAAUCAAUUGAAACUUGCCAGAGGACAUAAUAUUAUCUGGAAAAAUGAACUACAUGUACAUGAACACAUGGUUGAAUAUCUCUUAAAGCUGUUUACAUGUAGAUGAAAUUAGUUGUCAUUUAUGAGGCUUUAUGGAGUUGACACAUUGGACGUUUUUGAAUUUAAUACAAAAUGGAAUUAAUAAUAUUGUAUGAAGAUUUGAAAAAUACGCAAUCCUACAAAAAAAAUUAAUAUAUUUAGCUUCAUGUGUCUUCUUUUUUUAACAAAGUUUGGUAAAUAGUUCCUUAAAAGUUUAACAAAGUGCCUGCACAGUGAUUGAGAGAUGAACAUAAUUCACAUGCACUGACUCACAAAUGUUGCUGUAACAGAGUUCACAGGCAGUGACUCAAAAAUGUUGGUGUAACAGAGUUCUGACUGCUGUAACAGAGUUCACAGGUACUGACUUACAAAUGUUGCUGAAACAGAAUUCACAGCCACCGACUCACAAAUGUUGCUGUUACAGAGUUCACAGGCAGUGACUCACAAAUGGUGGUGUAACAGAGUUCAUAGGCAGUGACUCACAAAUGUUGCUGUACUUCAGGUGAUGAGACUUUGAUCGUUGAUAGGACUUUCACACCAACCUCAGUUGAUCAAAUAAGGAUUAAACUCAUUAUGUCCAAAUCAGGUUAGUAGAGAUUGCAUGGCGAUCUUGUUACAAUGAGCAACAAAAUACUUUAGUAAAUAUUCUAUAAUAAGAUCAAUUUAUGAUCAAGGUACAUUGUACAAUUUGACAUCAGAGCAAUUGCACCAAUGAACCAUUUUUGAUUGAAGAAGUUUAUGAUGUCUAAUAAUAGUUUGCAAAAUAAAGAAAGAAUGAUUAUAAUUCGAUGAAUUUUGAAGUAAAAUGGACUAUAAAUGGAAAUCCGACAAACAUUGAAUGCUUGAACAUUGUAGAGCAUCAAUUUCAGAUUAAGUUUAAUGACAAAGUAGGAAUAAAGAGUCAUGAUUAAAUUUACAAGAUUAAAAACAAAGUAAAAUGUCAAACACAACUCUUAAAGUUGACAGGAAUUGAAGUUUACAAAAUGCCAAAAGACCAAAGUGGCAGCAAGCUGAAAGGGACAGAACAAAAGACGACCAUACAAACAAGGCUAUAAAAAAGCACACCAGAGCAACAAAACAAAACAUUUGAUUGAACUUUAAGAGGAGAAGGGAGCUCAGUUGAACAAAAUGCUUGAGAAAGUUCAUUCGCUGAAGGAAAACCUCUCUCAUAUCCACGCAGAUGAGGCGAGGGAGUAUUUGCUUGGGGCAAACUCGACAGUCGACAGAGUUUUCUUGUCCCACCAAACUGCUACGGAGAGUAAUCACGUGAGUGAAUAUGAAACCUCACGUCCCAGCACGCCAAAAUCGCCACGCGAUGUGUUCGAUUUCUCAUCGGCAAGACAGGGAAAAGGGCCGAAUUGCUAUCAGGUGACCUUAUUGUCUGUCGUUGUGAUAGCAUUGACAAUUUUCUUUCUGGUGUUGUUCAGAGAAUACAUAAAAGAUGUUUUGAUAUGGAUGGCCAAUUUAGACCUUAAAGUUAGUUUUGUGAUAUUUUUAUUGCUUUAUAUAUUAGUGUCUUAUCCAAUCGCGUGGGGUGUUAUAUUGCUUAUGAUCGCGUGUGGGUAUUUAUACGGCAUCAUAUACGGACCUAUUGUGGUGGAGGUGUGUAGUGCCGUGGGUGUGGCAGUAGCCCAUGUGACUAUGAAAAGAUUUUGUCGCAGCUUCAUCAUCCGGAAGUUUUAUAACGACAACAUGACGGCUGUGAUAUCGGUAGUCGACGGGAAGCAUGGUUUCAAGGUUGUGGCACUCACUCGUCUCACUCCGUUGCCAUUUGGUCUUCAAAACAGUCUGUUUUCUUUAACAAACAUACCCCUGCUGUCAUAUGUGUCAGCCACGACGUUGGGCAUGUUGCCGACAGCAAUACUCAACUGCUACAUGGGUACAACUCUGCGCUCCAUGAGCGACAUACUCACAGACGAGACCAACCAGGCGACAGGCUGGAUUAUCCUCAGUGUUCAGAUCCUGUUUUCCAUUGCCCUAAUGUGUUUUGUGGUGCGAAAAGCUCGGAUCGAGUUGAAAAAGACAGUAGAAGUGGACGGGGCGUGCUCAGAAAUGGAAAACGGAAUGCUUCCAAAUGAAAUUGUCGUGCUCAAAGAGUCUCACACAGUGAAUGGGUUUAUAGAUCGACAUAGAAAACAGAGUGGUGAUUGAUGAUUGGUGAUUGAUUGGUGAUUAACCAAUGAGAAUGUGCUGUAUGAUUGGUGAUAUACCAUUAGAAGGUGCAGUUUUAAUUGUGUUUUACCAAUUUGAAGAUGAUGAAUGUUUUGCCUGAUUUCUGUCAAGGCAUUAAAGCUGUUUGAAACAGCCUGUGAAUUAGAAUAACUUUGUACUUUUAUUCCAGUUUUAUCCCAUGCUAUUGUUUAUGAAACAGUAUUUACAUGUAUAGUGUGUUGCUAAAAUGUGUUUUUAAUUGUAAUUAGGUGAAAUAUUUUUCAACCUGAGGGUGAGUUGUUGAAGCAUUCUAAGUCAUAUUAAGCCAAAAAUCUUAAAAUUCAGAAAAUGUUCAUAAUAUAAAAUAGCUGUUCACAAUAUUACUUCUUGUUUAACAAGUUACAAGAUUUAAGAUAUGUUUUCCCUUUUAUUCUUGAGCCAUUGGGUCCACAAUGAAAAUCAUGUGUAAUCUUUUAGACAUGUAUAAGUUAUUAUAUAUUAUUUAUCAGUAUUUAUUGUAAGAAUUAUUUUUUAUGUCCCCCACUAUAGUAGUGGGGGACAUAUUGUUUUUGCCCUGUCUGUCUGUUGGUCUGUUGGUCUGUUUGCGCCAACUUUAACAUUUUAAAUUUACUUUUGCUACAUUGAAGAUAGCAACUUCAUAUUUGGCAUGCAUGUGUAUCUCAUGAAGCUGCACAUUUUGAGUGGUGAAAGGUCAAGGUCAUCCUUCAAGGUCAGAGGUCAAAUAUAUGUGGCCAAAAUCGCUCAUUUUAUGAAUACUUUUGCAAUAUUGAAGAUAGCAACUUGAUAUUUGGCAUGCAUGUGUAUCUCAUGGAGCUGCACAUUUUGAGUGGUGAAAGGUCAAGGUCAUCCUUCAAGGUCAGAGGUCAAAUAUAUGUGACCCAAAUCACUUAUUUUAUAAAUACUUUUGCAAUAUUGAAGAUAGCAACUUGAUAUUUGGCACGGAUGUGCAUCUCAUGAAGCUGCACAUUUUGAAUGGUGAAAGGUCAAGGUCAUCCUUCAAGGUCAGAGGUCAAAUAUAUGUGGCCGAAAUCGCUUAUUUUAUUAAUACUUUUGCAAUAUUGAAGAUAGCAACUUGAUAUUUGGCAUGCAUGUGUAUCUCAUGGAGCUGCACAUUCUGAGUGGUGAAAGGUCAAGGUCAUCCUUCACAAGGUCAAGGUCAUCCUACAAGGUCAAACGUCAUAUAGGGGGACAUUGUGUUUCACAAACACAUCUUGUUUUAUAUUGAAGCUCAUGUAAUUGUUUGUAGAAAACCACUGUUGUGUGUUCAAUGCUACAAAAUCAGUUUAAUCUUCCAGUAAAUCCAUAAAUGAAAUGUUUACAAAAGUGUUCACACUUUGUUAAAAUCAUGAACAUGAUAUUGUUAAUCAUGCAAAUUCUGUUUAAGGCAGGGUCAACAUUCAGUUACAUUUUGGGGUUGUUGUUUAUUUUUUUGCUAAACUUACACAUACUAAAUGUACAUAGUAUAUACAUGUCACUUCCAACAUUAACCUCACACUUACCUGUAUGCAUGAAUAUUUUUAAUUACUGUUACAAUGAUAACAUAAGCUUUCUUACUGGAUUCAGUUUAACCCUUUGCAUGCUGGGAAAUUUGUCAUCAGCUAAAAUGUCGUCUGCUGAAUUUCUAAAAUUAGCAUUUUCUUCAAUUUUUUUCAAAGAAUACUAUCAGAAUAGCAAACAGUUUGGAUCCUGAUGAGACGCCACGUUCUGUGGUGUCUCAUCUGGAUCCAAACUGUUUGCAAAGGCCUUCAAAAUUCGGUUCCAGCACUGAAAGAGUUAAAUUCCCAAUGCUCUGCAUUUGCCGUUCCAGGGUGAUUACUACAGCUUGCAUGAUUUAUAUGUUGUGUUGUUUUUAUCGACCUGAAUUGUACUGUACUGUAUAGGCAAUUGCCUUAAAUAAAAGACUAGGGUGCAUAAAUAAGAAUUUCGGUCCUGAUAAAGUUUCUGGACUUAAAUUAUUCAUAUAUUUAAAAAGAAAACACAAAUGCCCCUCUAACUUACUGUUAUAUUGCCAUGUAUAUUGUGAACCACUUUCACAAACCAACCCAAAAAUAAAUGUGCAACACUAUUAAAGGGUAGAACUAAUGCUUAUUGUUUUCACAAGUCACAAUAUUGGCUAGCUCGAACCACAGAUUCUGAGAGAGUUUAUCAGUGAUCAGCAAAAAAGAAACACAACAAGCAUCACGAGAGGUCAUGAUGUCUUUGACUUUAUCCAAUUAAUAAUUCUCAAAUCAGAUUUUUAGGAGUUUGUAGUGGAACAAAACACCAAAAGUCUGUCAAAUUAUUGGAUUUGACAAAAAAAAUUGUUGUGACACAAUACUUCAUAAAUUCAUUUGACCAACUACCUCAAAAGUACACUAGUUUGUAAUGUUUUGUCAAAAAAUCAUCUUCUACCUUCUAAUCGCCAAAAGCACUCAAUUGUAUUUAGCACAGGGUUUAAUUUGUGAUACAAAUAAAUGUGUGACGUAAUCAGUUAUUUAUAUGUUGUUGUUUUUUUCAGAUUCUGUUUAUUUAAUUCUUAGUAUAUUCUGUAAAAAUCUUCAGAUAAGCCUAUUCCAUUCAUGUACGGAUCGAUUUUAAGCUAUUCAACUUUUUGUUAUUCUCCACUAAAUUUCUUGCAGUUUAGAUAAACAAGCAUUGUUCUGUUAUAUGUUAAAGAUCUAGUUGUCCUUGAUUUAAGCACCCAAUGUACACUGUUUGAUUUAAUUAACCCUUUGCAUGCUGGGAAAUUUGUCGUCUGCUAAAAUGUUGUCUGCUGAAUUUCUAAUAUUAGCGUUUUCUUAGAUUUUUUUCAAAAAAUACUAUCAGAAUAGCAAACAGUUUGGAUCCUGAUGAGACACCACGUUCUGUGGCGUCUCAUCUGGAUCCAAACUGUUUGCAAAGGCCUUUAAAAUUCUGUUCCAGCACUGGAAGGGUUAAGAACAAUGUAGAAACUGGAAAUGUGUAGCAGCAACUGGUAUUAUAAUGGUUUGAAUGAGUUCCACAUUUUAAACUAAAUAGAUUAAACAACAAUCAUGAUGAUGUACAAUAACUUAGAAGCUAGUGAUUACUGUGUAAUCCAAUCAAAGGCAAUGUAUAUAUUUAGGUGGCAAAAACUAUGUAUCCUUUCAGAUGUUUAUAUUUGUGAAUAACUCAAUUUAAGUUCAUUUGUUCAUUACAUUUGAGAUUUUGUUCUGGACUAAACCUGAACAUAUAUUUAUACAGUCCAAUAUAAUUUUAGGUACAUGUAAGUAUUCGAAUAACUGAAUUAACCCUUAAAGCGCUGGAGCCGAAUUUUAAAGGCCUUUGCAAACAGUUUGGAUCCAGAUGAGACGCCACAGAACGUGGCGUCUCAUCUGGAUCCAAACUGUUUGCUAUUCUGAUAGUAUUCUUUGAAAAAAAAUGAAGAAAAUGCUUAUUUUAGAAAUUCAGCAGACGACAUUUUAGCAGAAGACAAAUUACCCAGCAUGCAAAGGGUUAAAUCUAAUUAAUCAUGGCCCAUUUGGUGAAAAUUCCAGAUUACAAAUAAUGAUAAUGCUUUAUUUAUUCUAACAUUAUUUGAUAAAUAUUGGUGCAAUUGAAUUAAGACCAGCAUUUACUACUUUGUGAUUAUAUGUUUUGUUUGUAUCUAAACACUUUUUCACUGAACACUGUUUUGUUUGUAUCUAAACACUUUUUCACUGAACACUAUUGCCAGUGUGAUAUAUACAUGUAUCUCAGUGUUUCAGUUCUGUUUGUAAUCAAAAUACUCAUUCACUCAAAGCUCUCCAUAUUGUUUACCCUGUAUGUCUCAUGUUUACUGCAAUAAAUUAUUGUAAUGACGUAUAAUGAUUCAUGUUUGAUAAUCAUACCUGUAUGCAUGAACAUUGCUGGGUUUUGCUUACUUGCAUUCAAACAUUUCAUUUCAACCUAUAUUCACCAUCAAUAUUGACCCUAAUGAAUUAAUUGUAGAAAUCAUCUUUAUUGGCAAGACUCUUCGUCAGUAUCCACAUUUGCUACAAUUUGCAAUGCUUUUUGAUUGACCAUUCGGGAUUGGGCUUGCGAAAACUUCUUCUCUUGAAUUAUUAAUCAGGCAAUGCAUUGGUUUUGCAACCUAAUCAAAUAAAAAACACGCAGCAGUAAAUAGUUACAUUGCGUUGGUGUUAGCCUGCGUUGUUGUUAGCCUGCCUUGUAUUUGGGGUUAAUCGGGUUAAUUAAAAAUAGAUUUAAGUUCUUCAUUCAAAGAGUAUUAAAAUGUUUUAGUGUUAUUUUAUAAGACAAUAGGCGGCUGUUCAAUAUUUAAGAUGUUUUAAUUAUGCAGCCAAUGUCUUUCUUGGUAAAUAAUUAAGAGAUAAUAAUGUAUUUGAGCCAUGCUAUGUUUAAACCUUUACCAUUUAGAUACGUAUUUUCACACAUGUGUAGUCCUUCAGAAAGUUAAAUUUUAUUUAAGACAUUCCUUACUGUAUUCAAGUUUUAAAGGCUUCAUUUCCAACCCAUAGUUACUGAUGAGCAGCAAACAGCAUAAAACCUGAACAGACUCAGCUACUCGCAGGCUGUUCUGGUUUUUAUGCUGUUUGCACAUACGGUGGCCAUUUUCACUUUGCCUCUUAUUGGGAAAGGGUUAAACAGGUUUGAUGCAUAUGCGUGAAGUGGCGCCGCAGAUUAGCCUGUGCAGUCUGCAAAGGCUAAUCAGGUAAACACUUAACGCCUGAGUUGGAUUUUUGCAAAGAAGAUACUUCCUUCAAACAAAAAAUAUAACUACAGAAAGUGUUGUCCCUGAUUAGUCUGUGUGGACUGCACAGGGAAAUCUGGGACAACAGUAUGGGAAUGCAUGAUCCAAGAAAAGAAAUACAGCCUUAGAAAAAAAUACAGACCUAUGUUAUCUUAUAAAUAUUUUUCCUACAUCAUCUAUUUUUCAAUAUUACUUAAUGCAUAAAAGAACAAAUUGUGUAAUAAUCAAUAAGAACCAAUAAAGUAAUAAAUACUUACUGUUUAAUUUGAUAAUUUUUGUGCAUUUUAUUUCUUUAUAUUACCAUGUAUGCUUUGCUUACUAGUGUGUUUUAUUUGUCUUUUACAAAGACAUGUGUGGUUGUUUUAAUUGAGUUAUUUAUUUAUAUUCCCUUCAGAUAUGUUUUAUUAGUCCCCUAUCCGUGAAACCGGAGGGGACUUAUGGUUUGUGCUCUGUGCGUCAGCCCGUCACACUUUUCUGGAUCCUUCGAUAACUUUAAAUGUUCUUCAUAUUUUUUCAUGAAACUUGAAACAUGGACAGAUGGCAAUAUGGAGAUUAUGCACGUCAUUUAAUUUUGUUCCUACAUCAAGAAUUCUGGUUGCUAUGGCAACCAAUAGACUAGAAAUAUUGCUGAAAAUGGUGGAUCCUGCGAUAACUUAAAAAGUUCUUCAUAUUUUUUUAUGAAACUUGAAACAUGGACUUAUGGCAAGAUGGAGAUUAUGCAUUUCAUUUCAUUUUGUUCCUAUGUCAAAAUUCUGGUUGCUAUGGCAACAAAUAGACUAGAAAUAUUGCUGAAAUGGUGGAGUUUCACCAGUAGGGGACUUUAAUUGCUUGGCAUUAUUCUUGUUUUUACUGGAACAGACAUUAUAUGUAAAAUGCAUGUAUGUCUGAAUGAGUUGUAUUUGCUUUAUGCAUUAUUUUCACGUGGACAAACAUACAUGCUAUUCAGUUUGCCUAAACGCUGAAAUUUACUAAGAUCUGCUAACUUAAAUUUACUGAUUUAUUGCUUUACCCUACAGCAUUAUAACAACCUUUAUAUUAUAUUUGAACAUAUAAGUCACUAGCAAUUUGAAAGUUAAGAUACGUACAUGACUGCAAAUUGGGAAGUAUAUUGUACAAAUAUUGGUAGCAAAUUUUUGCCAAACCUCACAUUGUGUUAGCCCGGAGGUAUUCAGUAUUAGCAAUUUAUGUAGUUUGUUUUUGAAUGUUAUAUCUUGUGGCUUUUUUGUUGAAUUCCUGAAAUCCAAUGGAAUGAUUCUCUGUUACGUUGGCCAGUGAUUGUAAGCAAUUAUGUAUUAAUUUGUUAAGGAAAUUGCUAUUCAAUUAAAGACUGCAUUUUCUUAAUGACGAUAAUUGUGUAAUAAUCAAUAAGAACCAAUAAAGUAAUAAAUACUUACUGUUUAAUUUGAUAAUUUUUGUGCAUUUUAUUUCUUUAUAUUACCAUGUAUGAUUUGCUUACUAGUGUGUUUUAUUUGUCUUUUACAAAGACAUGUGUGGUUGUUUUAAUUGAGUUAUUUAUUUAUAUUCCCUUCAGAACUUUUAGACACAAAACAAUCAAAUAACAGGGGCACUUAAUUGUCAUGUAUCAUUAUUUAGUUUGGUUUGCCACAUUGUUGUUUCUUUUUCACAGAUUUAUGUUAUAUUUUGAAAGUGUCGAUUAAAGUUCUUUACUCGAAAACUUAACCUGUAAGUGUAAGAAACUAAAAGGUUUAGUACAAACUGUGCAUGUUUUACAGAGAGUAAAAAUGAAAGAAAAAAAGAGCCAAUACAAAGUUAAUGAGCCGCCUCACAUUUAUAAUUAAGUGUCCAAAUGUACCCUAUCUAAAUAAAAACAUGGAAAACUCUU